AUGUGGAGGUCAGAUUACAGAACCAAAACUUUCUCUUUGGUUGCAGGAUAUGCUGUCUACUGGAAACGGUUGUUUGGUUCCAGAAGAGGAGUUCAGCAAGGAGGCCCUCUGCGUUCUCUUCUUUUUUCGUUAGUUAUCCUGAAGCUCCUUGCUGAUAUUGGUGACAUACCGGAACUGCACCUCCAGCUUUGGUACUUUGAUGAUGGCACCUUCGUAGGAAAACGCAGUUCUGUUGCUUCUUUCCUGGACUUACUGUCAUCAAAGGGCCCAUCGCAUGGCCUUUACAUUAAUAAGAAGAAAUGUGAGGUAUUCUGGCCAUCAGGUGACAUUUCAUUUACAGAGUUCCGUGGAGAGGUUAUACAAAUCAAUAGGAGUUCAGAAGGUGCAGAGUUUUUAGGGUCUCCAGUUGCCAAGUCUGAUUCAUUCUUUAAUCAGUCGUUUGCCAAACGAGUGGACAAUGUUCUCUCCUGUCAGGAUCAUCUCUCUGAUCUCGAAGAGCCCCAAGUAGAAAUGAAUCUCCUACGCAGCUGCUUUAGCAUCUGCAAAAUGUAUCAUCUAAUCAGAACUGUUCUCCCAGGGAGAGUGACAGAACAUCUUAGCCAGUUUGAUCAUGGUGUGCGUCGUUGCUUAGAGAAGAUGUUUAAUUCGUCUAUGUCUGACGCCUGUUGGAAACAGGCAACUCUACCAGUUCGUCUUGGUGGUCUUGGUCUAAGAGAAGCCAGCAGAAAAGCUUAA